AUGAGCUCUGUGGUUGAAUCCAGUGUGGUUGACCAUUCCUUCAACAGUAGGACCCACCUAAGAAGAUUUGAAUAUAACCCGUGCUCUACCAGGAGGUGCAGACAGUUUCUGGUGAGCCAUUUUCUCAAAUAUUAUCGUCAUUAUCUGGCAGCCAUAUUUGCCAUUGAAGAGAUCAACAAGGACACUAACAUUUUACCAAACAUCACUUUAGGCUUCCAUAUUUAUGACACAUGUUCCAGCGAAAGAGAAACGGUUGAAAAUGUAUUUGGUAUCUUAACUCAGAAAAGUGAUUAUGUCCCUAAUUAUAAGUGUAACAAUAAAAGCACAGUGGGCGCAUUUGUAGGACACUUGGUAUACGCAUUAUCACAUGCAAUGUACCUGCUCCUUGGCAUAUACAGAUUUUCACAGAUUACUUAUGGAACUCAGGAUAGCAGCUUCAAUGACAGAAUACAUUUUCCAACACUUUACAAGACUAUGACCAGUGAGAACGCGCAGGAUAAAGUCAUUAUUUACCUGCUCAAAACAUUUAACUGGACGUGGGUGGGUAUUUUAUCAUCAGAUAAUGGCAAUCACCACAUUAGGAAUGAAAAACUAAAGGACCAGAUUAUCAACAGCGGUGCUGCUUGUGUUGAAUUUUUCAUCGUGGUCAAUGAGAAGUAUUUUGCAAGACAUGCUCUUCAUAAUAUGUAUAUGGAUAGUAUCGGCAACAGAUUGGAUCCUUCAGAAUUUCUGGCAACAUUCAUGCCAUGGAAGAUCCCUCAUUCUUCUUGUAGCAAGAACUGCCCUCCUGGUUCAAGAAAGAUUUUAAUCAAGGAGAAGCCAAUUUGUUGUUAUAACUGUAUUCAGUGUUCAGAAGGAGAAGUAUCUACUGUGUCUGAUAUGGAAAACUGUGUGAAAUGUCCUAACAUCCAGUGGUCGAAUGGGCAGAGAGACAAAUGCAUUAUGAGGACCUUGGACUUUCUGUCUUUUGGGGAUGCCUUGGGACUAUCUCUGGCUUGUAUGGCUGUUUUCCUGUCUGUAUUAACGACAACGGUUUUGAUCAUCUUUAUAAAGUACAAACAUACAACUAUAGUAAAAGCAAAUAACAGAGAGCUUAGUUAUUAUCUUCUUAUAUCACUGAUAUUUUCUUUUCUCUGCUCUUUAUUAUUCAUUGGUUGGCCAAUGAAGGGCACCUGUUUAAUAAGACAAGUUGUAUUCGCCAUUGUCUUUACCAUCAGUAUCUCCUGUGUGUUGGGCAAAACUCUAACUGUUGUUAUUGCCUUUAGUGCCACCAGGCCUGGAAGCAAAUUAAGAGGCUGGGUUGGUACAAGGAUCCCAAAAUGCAUUGUGUUGCUCUGCACUCUUGUCGAGAUUUUUAUCUGCUCAUUAUGGCUGAUCAAUUCUCCCCCGUUUCUAGAAUAUGACACUGAGUCCCACACAACAACAAUGAUUUUACAGUGCAAUGAAGGAUCAACUGGUGCAUUCUAUACCGUGAUUGGCUAUAUUGGACUUUUGGCUUUGAUAUGCCUCUUUGUUGCUUAUCUUUCUCGUGAAUUACCAGACAUUUUCAAUGAAGCUCAGUAUAUUACUUUCAGCAUGUUGGUGUUCUGCAGUGUCUGGAUCUCCUUCAUCCCAGCCUAUUUGAGCACCAACGGCAAGUAUUUGACAUCCGUGGAAAUAUUUGCCAUACUCGCUUCUGGAUCAGGACUUCUUGGCCUUAUAUUUGUCCCUAAGUGCUAUAUCAUUCUGUUAAAGCCAGAACGGAACACUAGAAUAUGUUUAAUACAAUUAAAAGAUAAAUAA